AUGUGGGUGGUGGAGAGUCCAAGACGGAGGGCUCGGACCAUAACCAAAAUUGAGUCCACAGAGACAGCUCAGGUGACCGAACCGGAGGCCGACAACACAGAAGUCCAAGCAUUUCAGGUGGUCGACCCGGAGGCCAGCGACAGAGACGCGCGGAAGGCAGCGGUGGUAACAAAACAGGUCCUGAGGCUGGUCGCAGACUUUCUCACAUUUAUCAUGCUGCGCUCUGCGCUGGUGUUGAUGCUGCUGGUCUGCAGUGUUCAGGCUAAUUUUUACAGUAUAGUGGUGAACUACUAUCCACGUGGCAAUGUUUCAACAGGAUCUUCCACUGGCAUCCUUUAUUACAAGUUGGGCUACAGCUCCUGCUUGUAUAGUUUGCCCUACUACAUCGGUGGUCAGACACUUGUUUUAGACAAAGUCGACGAGGAGAGUAGAGGAGAGUGGUGCCAAACUGAAGGAGUUAUCUCUCGGCUUUUUUCCAGCAACUCUAUAUUUUCAAUUCCGGUCUCUGGCUUAAACUGGAUCUUUGGCAUAAAAAAUGGCAUCGUAUCAUUUAAAAUUCAGGCUCUGGUGGAACUGAGGAUCCGCUCUGACAUCGGCAAAGCCAACACAUCACCACAGACCACUAUCAUACCAGCUAUCAGAGUUCCUUCAAACUGUCGGAGAGAUUUCAGCCUGCUGAUGUUUGACCCUGAUGGGGAUCAGGUUAAAUGCAGAUAUGGAAACUCCUCACUCUUUGAGUGUAACGGCUGUGAUCCACCAUCUGUCCUCAGCCUCUCAUCAUCCACUUGUACCCUGUCGUUCGCCCCCACUUCCGACAGUAAUGUGGGCUCCUAUGGAGUACAGCUGCUGAUGGAGGACUUUCCCAUGAAGAACAUCACCAUGACUGGAGUCAAUGGCACAAAAACAACACAAACACCUAACGAUGCUCUCAGCAAAGUACCGAUCCAGUUUGUUCUGAUAGUGGAUCCUCCUGUCUCAUCCUGCACAGAGGGAGACUUUUUGCCCAAAUUCUUGCCUCCAACCCCAAACAACAGAGCUCGGCUCUACACGCCUGUUGAUAAGACUCUGGAAAUCAGCAUCAGUGCAGAGGCACAAAACUCCACGAUCUCUGAGCUGCUGUUCAGCGGACCAUAUGAUGCAAUUCAGAAUAAAACUGGACCAGGAAAGUUCACCCUGACAUGGACGCCGUCUAAAUCACAAGACAAUGACACCCUCCCCUUCUGCUUUGUUGUCCAGGCACUUUCCAAGUCAGUACCUUUUUACAAAUUCAUCCCUUAG